AUGAUGUGGCGCAUCGAAAGGUAUGAAAUCUACGCCUUUCUUGUGUCCGGUUUCUUCUUUCUCUCCGGUAUUUCGAUGUGGAUCGCGUUUUGGCCUAUAUUCAACUCGGAACUGAGAUCUGUAAGUGCUUCCGUAAUCCUAUGAAUCGUGUUUCCUUCAGAAUUACAAGCUAGAAGCCAAUUAUGACGGGUCUCUCAAAUACUCCGCAUUUCUAUACGCAAAUCCGCCAAUGAAGAACGUGAUGAAGUUCAAUUUUUUCAAUAUCACCAAUCCCGAUGAGGUGAAGUAUUUGGGUGCGAAACCGGAACUGAUUGAAGUCGGCGGAUAUGGAUUUUUGUCAGUUUACACGGAAGUACUGAAGUUUGAAUGUAAUAGGAUUAAUUCAGGGAGUCCGAGCAGAAGAAGUAUUACGACUUCAGUACUGAUAAGACGCAAAUGUUCUACCAGAACUAUAAGCGGUAUCUGUACAGCCCGGAAAACUUGGACGAGGGAUUAAGUUACGAUGAUCAUGUCAUGUUUCCAAACUCUAUCGCGACAGUAAGUUGGUUGCGGCCAGGGCUGGGCAAUUGGCCGGCACGGGCUUUUCGUUGGCCGGCCCUCGACCUGGACUUUUGAACCACAUGCAAUAUUCCGAUCGGACCCAAACUUUGCAGGCUUCUUGGACAUGGGUUGAAGCAUAUUGGGACCAAGUUUCAGCCCGAUCGGAUUAUUUGGUCCUGAGAAAUGUGGAUCAUUGGCCGAAAUUGGCCCGGGCUUUUUGGAAAAAAUCGGCCAAUGAUCCACAUAUCUCGGGAUUCGACGAUCCGAUCGGGCUGAAACUUGGACCCUAUGGCCCUCAAUCCAAGUCCAACAAUCCUGCAAAGUUUGGGUCCGAUCGGAAUAUUGCAAGUGGUUCAAAAGUCCAGGUCAAGGGCCGGCCAACGAAAAGCCCGUGCCGGCCAAUUGCCCAGCCCUGGUUGCGGCUUUUCCUUUGAAAUCUGAAUGGUUUAGGGAGCAGUGGCAGUGAUCUUCGGUCCUAAUUCACAGUUCAGUAAAACUGCUCAGAUGAUUGUCUCAAUCGGGUUGGUUGCAUUGGGAGAAUAUCCAUUUAUGUAGGUUCUAACUUGAGUUUAUCACUUAAGGAAUUUUUUUAGUUCAAAAUCGGUCAAGGAAACUUUAUUUGAAGGAUUUGAAGAUCCACUUCUUAAUGUCGCUCAUUCACCUGUAAGUUUCGCAUUUCCAAUGAAACGUUGUUCAACACCUACCCGUGUUCAGAUUUUCAACGUCGUCGCAAAUAUGAUGGGCUACGGAGACUCACUACACUACAUUCCAGCCAUGACGAAAUUCGCUUACUUGUACGGGGUAAGUAGUUUUUGUGCAGCAUUUCAGUUCCGUUCUUCUUUUCAGUACAACAACUCUUACGACGAGAACUAUUUGAUAAAUACGGGUUACAAAGAUUUUAACAAGUUAGGAUUUGUGGAGAGCUGGGCGGGUUUGAAAGAGCUCCCGAGCAGUUUUUGGCCUACGGCGGAUGCGAGACAAAUCAAAGGACCUGGUUAGCUCUACCUUAGCUUACAAUUUAAGAGGCAAUGUCUGAGAAGUUCAAAAACUGCAGGUCACUAAAAAUUCAGAAUGCUUCAAUUUGUCUCAUAUUAUACCCAAUGGGUACUUACAUAACAGUGAUACAUCAGACAAGUUUUGGUCCGGCUCCUUGGUCCCUAGUCCGAUCACGGUCACAAAAUAGGUCAAACCUGUAACUAAUUUCAAAAAAAUGCUAGCGUCUCAGACUCAACGCCAUUCGAUUUCUCGCAUCUUUUUAUGCAUUUUUCAUGUUGGCACCAAAAAUUUAUCACCUUUCCUUCAUGGAGAAAUUUCGGAUUUUUUUCGUGAAAAAAAGUUGAGUUGUUGUGCAGUUUUUCCUCCGUGGUGAAAAAAAUUUUUUUGCACUUCAUAGCCACGAUUUUUAUUUCAAAUUCAUAAUCUACGGACAAUUUUACGUCGAUAUACCAUACUGUCGCACAUUUGCCGAUUGACAUCAAAGGAGUUUUUUUCAAAAGUUUGAUCCGGUCUCAAAAAAAAGUUUCUGUUCUGCUUUUGGAAAACUUACAGAAACAAGGGAAUUCCUGUUUAUAGACGUUUUUCAUGCUAAAAACUGUAAUUCUGUUAUGUAUUCGUCAGGUACAGCUUUGUAAACGUAGCGUUUAAAACAUGUUGAAAUUUUUUGUCAGCCGGAUAGAUUUUUCGAGAUGUGUUCGCUUUUACCCAAUAUUUUAUGCUUUCUCUCGUUUUUAUUUUUCAAUGUUCAUCUUACUUUUUGUGAAGCAUUUAUUUGGUCGUUCUCCGAUUGAUUCAAGAACGGUAAACAAGAAGUACAUAUUAUAGGAGCACCGCACAGAAAUGGCGCUCUGUUGAGAAACUCUUUUUGCAGUUCAAAUUGAGCGACCUCGGGACCGAGUUUGAAAGUUAGGCCACAUUUUCAGUGAAAAACUACAUCCUUCCACGAGUCAUCCUUCAUUUCUUGAGCGCGUCGCGAUCAUGCUGCUUUUGAUUGCCUUUUCGCUGCUUCACGGGAGAAGAACCCGGCAAUCUGACGGAAGUCUUUCCUUUGAUCCACUGAAAACCGCUUAGAACCGUCCGGAUUUCUAGCUUCUGCCAUUCUCUUUUCAACAAUUCUCGGAUCCGCAUGUUGAAAUUUCUUACUUGAAGUACCCAUCCGUCCUCCAAUUCCGUCUUCUCGUUCGUCUCCUUCAGUUUUUUCACAGCAUUCGAAAUUAUUGGGCAACUUUUUGACCACUUCUUCCAAACCACGAAUAAAUUAUUUCAAUGAAAAAUCACGAAGUGUCUGCCGUUCAGGUCGAAUUAUAUGUUGUCCACGUUCAACAUGCUUGACCACGCUUGAAUAUCUCAAAAAUGUAGCUGAGCAUCCUUCCUCUGGGCAUGUAAAUAUCUUUUCCAAAGCGUCUUCGUACCGCGGUCUCACUUCAUCGCUUUCCACUUCAUUUUCAUCUUCUUCUUCAAUGCAAGCAGUGUUUUGAGAAUCAGUUGACUUAGUACAUUCCGGAAAGUACCAAAACUUGGUCUGCUUCUGCGACAGUACAGCAUUUCGUUCUUCAUCAAUAGACCCAAUCACAGUUGAAGUGUAUCCGGCAUGUUGGAACUCGUAUGUUCCAGUCAAUGACUUCAAAUUACUUUACGGAACAAAUUGACCACUGCAAGAGCAACUGUACAAUCAGGAAUACAAUGAGUUUCAUUAUAAUCUGUAAUAUUGACCAUCUAAUAAUAUCAGUAGUUUGAAAAUAGUAAGAAGAAUAGCUACACAAAAUUUGCUUUGUGCUUUUAUACCUAUUUGAUGUACUUUUGUUGUUGAGUGUUGCCCCAUGUGUAUUAUAGGGGCACCGGACGGAAAAGGCGCGCUGUUCGCAAUCUGGUCGAAUUUCUAGGCCGCGAAGUAAUUUUCUACUGAAAAUAUGGCCUAACUUUUCAAACUCGGUCCCGAGGUCGCUCAAUUUGAACUGCAAAAAGAGUUUCUCAACAGAGCGCCAUUUCUGUGCGGUGCCCCUAUAAUAUGUACUUCUUGUUUACCGUUCUUGAAUCAAUCGGAGAACGACCAAAUAAAUGCUUCACAAAAAGUAAGAUGAACAUUGAAAAAUAAAAACGAGAGAAAGCAUAAAAUAUUGGGUAAAAGCGAACACAUCUCGAAAAAUCUAUCCGGCUGACAAAAAAUUUCAACAUGUUUUAAACGCUACGUUUACAAAGCUGUACCUGACGAAUACAUAACAGAAUUACAGUUUUUAGCAUGAAAAACGUCUAUAAACAGGAAUUCCCUUGUUUCUGUAAGUUUUCCAAAAGCAGAACAGAAACUUUUUUUGAGACCGGAUCAAACUUUUGAAAAACUCCUUUGAUGUCAAUCGGCAAAUGUGCGACAGUAUGGUAUAUCGACGUAAAAUUGUCCGUAGAUUAGGAUUUUGAAAUAAAAAUCGUGGCUAUGAAGUGCAAAAAAAAUUUUUCACCACGGAGGAAAACUGCACAACAACUCAACUUUUUUUCACGAAAAAAAUCCGAAAUUUCUCCAUGAAGGAAAGGUGAUAAAUUUUUUUGGUGCCGACAUGAAAAAAAUGCUUAAAAAAAGAUGCGAGAAAUCGAAUGGCGUUGAGUCUGAGACGCGAGCAUUUUUUUGAAAUUAGUUACAGGUUUGACCUAUUUUUGUGACCGUGAUCGGACUAGGGACCAAGGAGCCGGACCAAAACUUGUCUGAUGUAUCACUGUUAUGUAAGUACCCAUUGGGUAUAAUAUGAGACAAAUUGAAGCAUUCUGAAUUUUUAGUGACCUGGUGUAAUUAGCGAAUUUCGAGGUUCUCAGACAUUGCCUCUUAAGAAAUUCUGUUCAGAUUCUGGAAGUCUAUCGAAACUUCAUCUCACAAAAUCCGACGAAUUACCGUUUUUCCUGUCAUUCAUGUGUCGUUCAUUCCGCAAAACUUACUGGAAAGAAGGAAUGGUGGAUGGCAUCAAAACAAUGGCAUUCGCAGUCCCUUAUGACAAUUUCGACACUACUUUGGAGAAAAACGCUGGUUUCCGGUACCCGAAUCCGGAAAAUGUGGACUAUUACCCUGAAUGGAAUGCGUGUGACAAGUGAGUUGGUCGCUUUCACAUAAUGUGUGAAACUUUCUCAGCCCAAUUCGGCUAAUCUUAACGGUUAUAGCUAAUUCGAAGAGAUCAAAGAAAAGAGAACACAUUUCUUGUUCUAAAUCACUUGAACAGAAGACCAAACCCUCCUUUCCCAGUUUCAUCUUUUGAUCUUGUAGCCAAUCCGAUUCAUCAUGUCGUCAAAAAACUGUAAAUGGCACUCAUCUCCUGCCGCCCGGCUUGUUCCCACUCGUUUGCUAUCCGGGUUGGUGACCAUUUUCUCACUUUUCAUCCUUUUGAUAGUGAUCUAUCAAAUUGCCCCCCCCGCCCGACGUUCGAUAGUUUAUGAUUCGACUAAGCAUCCAUUUUUCUUGUUUUACAGGCCAUAAUGCGCAGCCGCCGUUCACGGUUCUCGUGUCUGCCCCUCACUUUCUAUACUCGCCGCCAGAAGUUCAACACCAUCUCUCUGGGAUGCGACCGGACCCGGAAAAGCAUAAACCGAUGGUGUUCUAUCAAGAAAAAGUUGAAUCUAGUGGGAAAGAAGUGAGAGAGGAACUGAACUAUUUCAGAUUUCGGGGACUGCACUGCAAGUGGACGUGAGAUUUCAAAUAAAUCUACCGGUUACCAACAACAAGGGAUCAUUGUAAGACUAUAGUCACCUGACCCUUCAUCAUUUCCAGUUUUGGUUUUGCAGUAUGACAUCACAAUUACCAAAUGUUAUUGUUCCGUUGUUCUACGAAGAUUCACAUGCAGUGGUUGCCGAUUUCAUCAUGAACACCGUCUGGUUGGGCAUCAUUGUCGUCCCAAGAGUCAUUGAAUACUUGAAGUUUGUACUGAUCUUCAUUGGAAUCUGUAUAUUGACAGUUUUGAUUGUUCUUCGGGUCAGAGUUAAAGGUACUGUAUCGGUUGUGUGA